UGUAGCUUGGAUUCCAGGCUCUGGGGAGGCAGCGCCAGUGCCCAGGCUGCAAAACCCAGAACAGCAAGAAGAGGCGAACAAAUAGUCCCCAGCGCCUCCUCUGGCCGCUGUCGGACGAGUGGUCCCAGCCGCCGCCGGGCUGGCCGAGCCAGGCCGAGUCGAGCUCAGCGCACGGGCCGGGCCCCGCGGGCUCUAAUUGUGGCGCUUAUGUUGAUGAUUUUUUUUUUUUUAAUCACAGCAGCCCCCAGUUUAGCGGACUGAUUUACUCCCGGUAUUGGUAAAUAUGAUCACGUGGGCAGCGCGACCAAUGGUGGAGGCUGCAGUCUGCGAACUAGUCGGCGGCUCCGGCGCCGGCGGGGAGCUGCUCCGCGGCGGGCAGUGUAACCUUGGGUGGGAGCGCACGGCGCCUCAAAAUGUCCUCCAGUGGCACCCUCAGCAACUACUACGUGGACUCGCUCAUAGGCCAUGAGGGCGACGAGGUGUUCGCCGCGCGCUUCGGACCGCCGGGGCCAGGCGCACAGGGCAGGCCCGCAGGUGUGGCCGACAGCCCGGCCGCCGCCGCCGAGUUUGCCUCGUGUAGUUUUGCCCCCAAAUCGGCCGUGUUCUCCGCCUCGUGGUCCGCGGUGCCCGCUCAGCCCCCGGCGGCGGCAGCGAUGAGCGGCCUCUACCACCCGUACGUGCCCCCGCCGCCCCUGGCCGCCGCCGCCUCCGAGCCUGGCCGCUACAUGCGCUCCUGGAUGGAGCCGCUGCCCGGCUUCCCAGGCGGCGCGGGUGGCGGCGGCAGCGGCGGCGGCGGCAGUGGCCCGGGCCCUGGUCCCAGCUCCGGUCCCAGCGGCCCACACAACGGGCACCACUACGGGAUUAAGCCUGAAUCCGGAGCGGCCCCGACCCCCGCCGCCGCCGCCUCCACCUCCUCCUCCACUUCCUCGUCUUCCUCCUCCAAACGGACUGAGUGCUCCGCGGCCCGGGAGUCCCAGGGGAGCGGCGGCCCCGAGUUCUCGUGCAGCCCGUUUCUACGGGACAAGGCGGCAGCGGCGGCUGGGGGAACCGGGCCCGGGGCAGGGAUCGGGUCUGGGUCCGGGGCAAGCGGCUCAUCGGAGCCCUCGGCUUGCAGCGACCACCCAAGCCCGAGUUGCCCGCUGAAGGAGGAGGAGAAGCAGCAGCCGCAGCCGCAGCCGCAGCAACUUGACCCAAACAACCCUGCAGCAAACUGGAUCCAUGCUCGCUCCACCCGGAAAAAGCGCUGUCCCUACACCAAAUACCAAACGCUAGAGCUGGAGAAGGAAUUCCUCUUCAACAUGUACCUCACCCGAGACCGGCGCUACGAGGUGGCAAGGAUUCUGAACCUAACAGAGAGACAGGUCAAAAUCUGGUUCCAGAAUCGCAGGAUGAAAAUGAAAAAGAUGAGCAAGGAGAAAUGCCCCAAAGGAGACUGACCCAGCGGGGCGCUGGCGGAACUGUGCUGCUUUUGCGAAGGCAGUGGGGACUUUUCUUUGUGGGUGCUUGAUUUCCAGAAACUCUCCAGCAACUGGGACAUUUCUUUUCCUUUUUAGGUAGAAGUGACGGUGUGGUUGGUCUCUGUGAGGUAUUUGGGGACUCUGUAUUUGCCUGCUUAUGUGUUGGAGAGCCCAAGUGGCUUUGGGAUUUUGCCCUCUCCCGCUUCCUCCUUUUCCUUUCCUGUUGGUUCCUUAGGAAAUGCUAUAUUUUGUGAGUGCACGCUGGCUCCAGGAGUCCUCUCCUGUGUAAAUGUUCCCUCUGUGUCUGAGAAGUGCUGUAGUUUAGCCCCUGGUGCUGCUCAAGCAGGGGCCAAGGGCGCCCCACUUUUGGGAAUGAAGGCAGAGGCAAGAUAGUGCAGAGGCCUGCCCAGCUUGAGGCCCAGCCAGGUUGCCCACUGGUUAUGAAAGCCCCUAUCCUCAGGGAGCCUGCUGACCUUUGACUGAGACCUGAAAUGAGGCCGAGAGGGGAGCCCAGGGCCCUCUGUUGGGUCGUGGGUUUAUUCUAGUGCACCGGAGGAGCCUCUCUCUUCCCAGAAGGGCUCAGCUGGAAUGGGCAGCUGUGGGUGUAGGCCCUCCAGGUUCCUGCCUGAGGACCCAGUUGUAAAUGUUAUCGCUUCCUACCAAUAAAUGCUGACCUGAUCAAAUGGA